GCUGUUCGUCGAGUUGUUCAUGGGGCUUUGGAUCGGCGGAGAUCCCUUCGUCACCCUCUCCCAACACAACACCACGGCGGACUCGACGAAGAUCCGUCGGUCUUGUAUUAUCAUUUAAGAUCGUAACACGAGUUUCCAUGUCAUUUGCACCUAGACAACUCAUCAGUGCACAACAAUUGCCGCUCGUGUGUUUUUUCCCAGAGGCAGACAAAACGCGUUUUGGGCUAGAAAGUCUUCCCUUUCCCAAGUGACAGUGUUUUGUUCGAAGCAUGUUCUCGUCACCCUUUUGAGAGACAUUGAUCCCAUUAGUGACUGUGGUGCUCUGAUUCUGCCCAAGCAAGCACAAGCAAGGCCCUGAGGUUCAUUCCCUGGGCAGAAAAGGCCGCAAGUGAGCGUCUCUAUCAAAACAAGAGAAGGAUAUCAUUAAUGGCCUGCCUUCAAAUCAAGUGAGCAACUCAAAGGCGGAUUAUUGUGGAACUAAAGUGUCACAAUCUCCGUUUUUCUCAAUAGAACCCCAGCUUCUGGGCGUCUCUCGGAGUGUUGGAAUGAUUGCGUUAUCAGUGUAAGCAGGACCCUUGAUUCAGAUUGGAACGGACUUCGAACAUCUCCUCCUCACCUUCCUCCUCUGCGGUCCAGUCUGUUCCACGUUGGUUAUUGUACAUUGGUGCGUGUUUCUGGGACAGGAUCAGCCUAUCUACCACCCCGAUUGGGAGGUAGCUAUGCCCUGGGCUGACCCUAAUCUCGCUUUCCAAAGAGCAAGGUGUGGUUUUUCAGUGUUGCUCCAGCUCUUGCCCGGUGUCCUGACCUCUGCGAGUGUCCUCGACGUCCUCAGUCGCCUCAGAGCCAUUUAUCCUCCAACUCUCUCAAUGCUCAUGGAAUGAAUGGACAUGAGCACCUGAGCUAUACCCGUUGUGUGAUAUUGCUUUUGGUUUGUCUUGGUUUCAUCGGAUUGAUGUGCGCUGUACGAGUGGAAGGACGGAUCCCUCACAAAACCAACCACCACGAUUCUCGUGGCGAUUACGCCCUCAAAUCCCGAUAUCGGGAUCCACCCGAUGGGAGUCGUCACUCCUCGAUCUCAGGGAUGGUUCAGAGUCAACGCCGCCGACGGACCCGCCACGGCGGGGUUUGUGGGUCCGAAACUUCUUCCAAUCUUUUCCACCGUGAAGAGUUCUGGAUUAGGAACAAAUGCCAUAAUGGCUUCCUCAGCGUCUUGGAGAACGAAACCAAAGCACGAGUCGUAGCUUACUCAAGUGGGAAUUUCUCCCAGCACCAUUCAGCAGUCAAAGUUAUCAAAGAAACAUUUAAAUGUCCGGGCGACAGGUUCCAAGGUCCAGUUCAAACCAGGAUUUAUCACCCGAAAUCCAACAAGUAUGUGUGCUUCAACCGAAGAGGCCGAGUCAGAGCAGUGUCAAAGGCACGAGCAAAUCGCAUGGGCCAACUUUGUUCCUUCUACGAGAUCUCCGUAGAUGUGGAUUCGUUCGGCAACGGGGACUUGCCCAUGCCCUCUUCCUUCUCCUCCUCCUCCUCCUUCUCCUCCUUCUCCUCUUGGUUAUCAACCUCACCCACUUCGGUGCGACAUCGCUUUGUACAAUACCAGUCAGUCUAUGGUCGACAAAAGCGAAGCGAGGUCUGGCUCCUUGGGUUCCACAAGAGUUUAUCACGGGCCAAAAAGCUCCGUAAUGGGGACGUCAUCUACCUCCCGAAAUCGAUGUUGAAGAAGAGGAGAGGCUCAUUGAUUCAGCGCAACAUCCGGGAGGAUUCUUGCGCGUUCAUGUUCGCCACUGGCAAAUACUCCACAGCCGCAGCCAAAAAGGCGUUUAGCGGCCUUUAUGACCGUGUCAAUAAGGAUCAUAAGGAUCUACUACAAAGGCAACAAUCGCCGGCCCUACUCAAAAGCACCCAAGGGAAGAGACCACGGAAAGGUCCUUUGAGGAGAUCUCUUAAACGACGACGACCCGGCCGAAAGUUUUCCGCCUCCAGAAUGUCAUCAAUCUUCUCCUCAUCUUCGAGCUCUUUAUCGAAGAACCACCGCCUUCAAGACAUGAAGGUGGAGUCGUUGCUUGAGCAAGACUCUGACAUUGACGUGAUCUCAGAACUAUCUCCGUCCCGUGCACAACCACACAGAAGCAACAACAACAACAUCAACCACAACAACAAACAAUCCAUUGACUCUCACUCAGAUUUUAUGAAACAACAUGAAGAAAAUUUACUACAAUGAAAGUGAACUCCAAGAACAUGAUGAUAAUGAAGAUGAACCUACAACAACUACUGCAACUACUAUUACUACUACUGAAGCAACCCCCAUUAUUAUUAUUAUCAUUACAAUUAUAACCCUUGCCAAACAUCAUCAGCACAAUCUAUAAAUCCCCACUUCUUCUCCCAUACUAAUGUGUGUGAUAUGAAUCCCAAAAAUUGCCCUUCGUUUUCCAAAUACUGCGUUGAAAUAGAUUGAAUCUCAGUCAGAUUGAGAAACGACCCGUCUCUUUUCCAAUCCCACGCCCAUUCCCAACACAAGGCGAACCCCCUACGAUCGAAAAACCCCGCCUCUUCCCCUGUUUUGACGUACUCGCAUAUUUGAUCCGUUUGCAUGCAUGAUCAUAAUGAUAAUAAUGGGGUCAGUUCCGAACGCAACGGAAUUAACAUAUACACAAAUCGUCGCCUUCUUAUUUUACUCCUUCAACCGAUAAUUUUGAUGAAAUUGGGAAAAAUGUACCUUUACAAGAUUGAUUGCAUUUCAGUGCUUGAAUAUACGCUUGAUAAUGACGCAAACCCCAGAUCACCCCGACUCAUUACAUUCCUUCGUCUGUCCACUUUGGAUCAUUCAAAAAUUAAGUUGGACCUUGCAUUCAGUCUGCGUCAAUGGACCUUCUGAAUUGCUCAAGUAAAGAAAGAGAGUUACGAAAGAAAACAAUUCGAAGCACAACUGUUCCGUGUAUUGAUGGCUAUAACGUCUCCUUUCAUCGGUCUGUGAAAUACCAUAUUAUCCCUCAAUAUUGUUGGCGGGAGAAUGGUUGUUCCUUGGCUUCAGAGACCGCACGCCUCUCAUCAACCCCUAUCACUACCCUCUUCAAGGCCUCCUCUGCAAGGUAUUAUACAUUCAGUUUUUUCUACCGUGUUCAUCUUUUCUUUUGCUCCAUUAUCUUCAGCGUAAGGGACUCGAGGCAAAAUUUCCUUAUCGUCCAUGUAAUGUCCAACUAAUUGUUCUGAAAGUGCGAUAGUAAUCCGUGUUCCUUGCUAUGUGGUACGUUUAGUAACUCGAUGGCAUGUUUGAGCUCUCUCGGGGGUCUGUGAUUCAGUGUCCUCUCCAAUGCAAAAGCCAACCAGAUCCACUAGGGUGACUGUUUCUCACGGUUUAUACACGAUGCAACGUUGUCAAUUUGUUUUUGUCUCACAUUAUUUGUAACUGAAGAAAUAAACAGUUGUGUAAGUA